GUUCUUGUUUAUAUAUCCUCGUCGCUCGGUUGUCUCCACCGACCGUCCUCCUCUCCGACCCUCACCAUGAUCUCUCCCCGGCUCUGCGCUCUCCUCUUCGGCCUCCUCGGACUCUCCCUCUCCGCCUCCUCCUCCUGCAGGAUCCGGAUCCCUCCUCACGACCAGGUGGCCCGGGUCGCCCGCUUCGUCGCCCACCAGGUGGACUGGGCCUCCAUGGCCACCAUCUCCACCCACCAGCCGGUGGUGGGUCAGCCUUUCUCCAACGUCUUCUCGGUGAGCGACGGACCCGAAGGCGUCAGCUCCGGGGUCCCCUACAUGUACCUGACCCACAUGGAGAUCUCGGUCCAGGACCUGGAGGUCAACCCUCUGGCGUCUCUGUCCAUGUCUCUGGCUCAGACCGAGUACUGCAGACAGCAGGGCUUCGACCCCCAGAGUCCUCUCUGUGCCCACAUCAUCCUGUCUGGAUCCGUGAUGGAGGUGAACGGCACGGAGGCGGAUUUCGCCAAGAAGGCUCUGUUCAGCCGACACCCGGAGAUGAUCGACUGGCCGACCGAUCACAACUGGUUCUUCGCCAAGUUCAACAUCACGCAGGUGUGGGUGCUGGAUUAUUUUGGCGGCGUGAAGACCGUCACUCCGGAGGAAUACUUCCAGGCUGAUCCACGCAGGAAGCAGCACUGACGCUCAGCCUGCUGGUUCUUGUAGUUCUCUGAUAAAUGGACUACAAACACCACCAUCACCAGACCUUUACAGCCAUAAAAACACUUUUAAACUUUUCUGAAGAGAGAGACCGGACCGGUGAGGUCUGGGUGGUUUCAGGAAGUUAAACUUCUCAGUCCCUCUGUAGAAAAUAUCGUCUCGGUCUCAGACUUUAGCAUGAAUCUAUGAAGGUGUGAUUGAUUCUGUGUGAACUAAUAUUCAGAGUGAGCUGCUGUCAGACAGCAGCUGCAUGAAGACUUUAUCCUCAGUCGUGUUUUUGACCCACAGAGAGAGAGAGAGCGCGGUCUAAACCACUGAGGGGUUGUUUUUAUCUGUCACAUGACUCUUCUGCCUGCAGGGUGUAAAUAUGACCACUAGAUGGAGCUGUAGUGCUGAUAAUACCAGCGUAGGAACAGGAAGAUCCUUUAGACACACCUUUAAACCUCAGUAAGGUUCCUUUCAGACUAACAGCAGAGCCAUGACAAGAAUGUUUAAACAUGAUUACGGCUAAGUUUGACGUCUUUGACGUUUUCAGGCUCCACUGAUGCUGAAAUGAGAGUGAAACUCCUGAAACAAUCGUGCCUUUUUACCGUUGACUCUGGCAGGAAGUAAGCUUUAAUGUGAAGGUUUUUUCUUUAAUUUGUUGAGGGACUUUUUAACACGUGAAACUCUGAUUUAGGGAGGGGCUGGGCUCAGAUUUGCACAAAACUAAACUGCACUUUAUGGCAUUAUUAUAGGAUAAACCUACUUUUAGCAGGAUUAUUAGAAACACUCUUCUGCUCAUGCAGCACUUCAGCUAGCUUUGCUUUCAUACAGGGGUUUCUCAAUCAGGGGGAAAAGCUGUUAAAAGUGACCGCUGGGUCCUGAUCCCACGUUUACUCUGCUCUGUCUGCCUUCUCAUUCUCCGGCUGUGAAAAUGUAUUUUUGAAAACAAAAUCUAUGAAUGAUUGUUAUAUAAAGUUUGUGCGUAAAAUCA